UGGACCACACGACCAGAGUCCCUGAGUGAUACGAUGGCGAUUGUCACCAGAUUCUCCCGAGAUACUGCUCAGUCGUCGACCCACUCAUAAUACUGUCGGUAUCUCAGGUGCCAUGCGAGACUCUUCCGGAUUGUCUGUCGACGAACAUUCGCCCAUGAGACGCCAUGUCUCCGGAAAAGAGCGAUGCUGGGCAAGAAACCGUGACCCGCCCUGAGGCCGAAGUGCCGACGAACAAUGACAGCAGCAACCAUAACCGUGACAUACCGCAUAGCUCUACGGCAACCGGCCAGACCAAGUGCUCGAUCUGCCAGAGCACCUUCAGGCGACCGGAGCACUUGAAGCGCCAUUUCCGAAGUCAUACCAAGGAGAAGCCAUUUGAGUGUGCGCAGUGUGGCCGGCACUUUUCGAGAACGGAUACUCUCCAUCGCCACGAACUCAGUCAUCAUAAUGCUGGAAUGGAAGGGGGAAAAGACCGCACGCACCGGAUAACCGUCAAGACGUUCCGCGCUUGUUAUAAAUGCGCCAUAGCAAGGGUACGAUGCAGUGGAGGCUCUCCUUGUGCACGUUGUGAGAACCGGUCUCUUGAAUGUCAGUAUCCAACCGAGAGACGCUCGAAAGCGAAGGCCCGAAAGGAGGCUCAAGCCUCUUUUGCCAAUGACGACACGGCGUACGCGCAGUCUCCUCGUCCUGUUCAAUCCACAUGGGCAGACGGCUCUGACCUGCGAGCAUCGCGGAAUGGGGAACGAUCAAUGCCACCACCUCUUCAGUACCAGGUGACUCAAUUCCAACUACAGAUGCCCAUGCCGAAUGCUUCCGGCACAGUCUCGUCCGAUGUUUCAGCAAAGGUUGAUGGCUUUGAGUUUGAAAAGAGGCCUUUGGACGAAGUCAAGGGCAACGGACAAGCUUCUGGCUUGGGAGAAAGCUCCAACCCUUUCUUCUUAUCAGAUACGGAUAGAGUGGCCAAAAGAACGCGCGGCUCCUUUCACCAAUAUGUUGGUAUGGGCUCACAAGGCUCAUACUCACAAGUCGCUACAUCGAUUGAAGAAUUGGCAGAACCCGCCCAUCGACCCAAAAACCUCCAGCCAGCUAAAGAAGACCCUAAUAACAUUUCGACAAUACCAACGACAGAGAACCAGCAGGUACAGAUGGAGCUGAUGCAACCUCUAAUGAACCAGUCCACGUCUACAAUUAAUUGGCUUCCCCAAGAUCUUGAAUCUUCCAAUGACCACAGCCUUCCAAUGAACUCCUCAUACCUGAAGGCAACGGGAGCAAAGCUUUCAGAUACCUCUCUGAAUCAAGCGGCAUGGUUCCCAACAAUAUCUGGCAGUAGUCCAUUAGUGUCAGAGAAUGUGUCUCGGACACCAUCCGGGAACACCUCCCUAGGUGGUAAUACUGAAAGUCCAAGUCAACUAUCUCAGUCGAUAUAUAGCAAUCACACCAGGCGCGCAGGAGAUCACCAUGUGGAUGGAGCUGGUACAGGAUCCCUGAACUUCAGGCGGGAACGGGAAGCUUGGUCAGAAUUGUCCACGGUGUCUGCCGACGCUUCAUUACAGCUGCAGAGAAGAAAUGGGCGGCCUCGAUUUUUGUUCCCUACUCUGCCCGAAGCAAGGGUUCAUCUCGCAAACGAAGACCAAACUGACCGUCAAUAUUCACUCGAGUCAUCAACAUAUGACAUGAUAUAUAAUGCGUUUGUACAAAUUUGCGGCACGGAAAAUAUUCUCUAUCCAAAAUUUGAAUCAAACCACUUUCCCGAUGCGAAGACAUUGUCAGGCUUCAUUCACCUCUAUUUCGACAAUUUUCAGCCUGUCUAUCCAAUAUUUCACUUCCCCACAUUCGACUUGAAUAAAUGCCACUGGAUAGUGGUGCUGGCAUUGUCAGCAAUUGGAUGUCAUUUUGCCGGUCUCCAGGAACAAGGCGAGUGUGCGCCGGCAUUCCAUGAAUUUCUUAGGCGCGCUAUAAAUGUUGAAAAAGAGCAGUGUUGCGAGGAUCGAGCGCCUAUUUGGCUUCUUCAAGCAAUAGCACUGAACUGCGUUGGCCUCCUUUACAGUUGUGAUGAGCGAGCUAGGCUUUCUGCGCUGAAUAGCUUCGGUGAUCUGAUCGGAUUUGUGACUCACGAGGAACUCCUUGGUCACUCAGACAAAUGGAAGCCACUCACAGGUGAGCAAACAUACGAGCAGAAAUGGGAAUCGUGGAUUGAAGACGAGACCCGAAGACGGACAGGCUAUUUUAUAUGGCUUCUGGACUGCACAAUAGCAUACCAUUUUGACAAGCGCCCUUUGCUGUCUCUCGAUGAUGGUCAAGCAAAGCUACCUUCACACGAGAUUGUCUGGGAAGCAAAAUCGCCCGAGGCUUGGAAAGAAUAUCGGGAAAGGGUAUCAGGCCAGGAAGAAGUGUCCCUCUACGAUGCGGUUCUUGUAAUGUACAUUGAAAAGAAACUUGUACCAGAUAUAGGGGAAUUCAGCCAGGUUCUGCUCGUUCACGCGCUAUACCACCGCAUGUGGGAAGUGGGCGAUUACUUCCGCCGCCCGCUGUCCUUCUGGAACCCAACAUCUAAGAAACAAUCUCGACAUACCGCAAUACCCUCCGGGUCUGUAUGGCUUCCCGGGAUUCCUUCGUAUUCGAAAUGGCGCAACAGUGCGUGUGAUUGCUUGGAUAUACUUCACUGGGCUGCUAGCAGCACGGUAACCAGGGCCGCUGGCCUUGAGCACCCUACCAUCUUGCACCUCCACUCGGCACGCAUAGUCCUUCUGGCUCCGUUUCGUGAAAUUCGAUCGCUCGCAACCUCGUUGGCAAUGGAAGAGGCUCGCUGGAGUGGGCGCCAACAGACCCUUGAAUGGCACUACAUACUGCGCUGGGUCAAACACGAUCAGUACAAGGCCCGUUUAGCCGUUGUACACGCAGGUGCGAUGCUUUGGCACACCCGCGAGUAUUCAAGCCAUGCAUUUCAUGAGUCAGUUGCCGUCUUCCUGGCAACACUAAUUCUAUGGGCGUAUGGCUCGUGCUAUGCCUUGAUACCUGACAUGAACACCGGCCACGAAACAGGACGUGAUGUGGCAGAGAAGCCGCUGCUUAUCCACCUCGACCGACCCUGUGAUGAUGAACUGGCUCAACUUUUUGUUCGGGAAGGUCAUGGAAUGAAAGCGAUUUUGAGUGGCGUGGGGGAUGUAUGUGCCCCGCAUGGACCGGAGAGGACCCUCCGAGCUGGUUGUAUGACACUUAACCGCUUUUCCUCAUGGGGGAUAUCCAAGCGGUUGAUUGCGAUCCUAACAAAGCUUGCGGAAAUGGUCUCC